UCGAAGCAUAUACAAACAAGUUUGACAGUUGGAUCGUUCUUCUGGUGGAUCAUUGGGUUCUAUUGGGUAUCAGCAGGUGGUCAAUCUUUAGCACGCGCCUCCCCUCAGCUUUACUGGUUAUGUAUUAUUUUCCUGGGUUUUGAUGUGUUUUUUGUCGUUUUCUGUGUUGCACUAGCAUGUAUGAUUGGUAUCGCAGUUUGUUGCUGUCUUCUGUGCAUUUUUGCACUUUUAUAUGCUGUCACAGAUCAGGAUGGAGCAUCUAAGGAAGACAUCGAACAACUUUCAAAAUUUAGAUUCAGAAAAGUUGCCAAUGAGAAAGUUGCCGAUGAUGUACAAGGUGGUGGAACAGAUUCACCCAUCGAACAUGUUCUUUCUCAGGAGGAUGCGGAGUGUUGCAUCUGCCUUUCUUGUUAUGAUGAUGGAGUGGAACUAAGGCAACUUCCUUGUGCCCACCAUUUUCACUGUUCCUGCAUCAACAAGUGGCUUUUUAUCAACACUACAUGUCCUCUCUACAAGUACAAUAUCUUGAAGAGUAGCAGCCAAAACCAAGGGGAAGUGUAG